GGCAUGGUCACAAUCGAACAGCAACAAUAAGAACACAAAUAGAUCCGCUUCUCAAAAAGAAGACAUUGGCCUAAGAAAUAAAAAUGUACCUGCGUCUAUUGACUUUGGUAACCUUGCUUGGUUUCUGUAUACAUGGUUCAAAUGGGGACUUUGAAGACUGUUGCAUUUCCUAUGCCAAGUCAAGAAACUAUAAAACUCUGUAUAAAUACGUGCGAUAUUACCAGUCACAAGAAAUCAAUGAAAGCUGUAACAGGAGAGCCAUUGUGUUUCAUUUUAAAAAACACAAGGUCCUUUGUGGAAAUCCACAUGAGCAAUGGGUGCGUGAUUUAAUGAAGCAAGUUGACAAGCUGCAGUACGCAAAACUGGCACAUAAAGUUUAUAAAGAACCUGCUGAGAUAAGGCAUGCUAAUGGUUCCAUUAUGAAGAAUCAUUUACAUUGAAUAAGAAAAAAGAAUUCCUUAAAGGGACACUCUGUGCACCAAAACAGUUGGUCCAUGUGGUUUUUUGCUUAAAUAAAUAGUUUUAUUUUCUUGUAUGCCUACUUUAAUAAAUACUUCCUUACAGCUAGUUACUAUAACUGUGCGGGACCUUUACUCCUAACCCUCAGCUUACAAUAACACAAUUGUAUAUACUGCAAGAAGAUAAUCCUCAGUACAUGUACAUUUUGUCGCAUGGUGCUUUUAUUGCGCCACAAAACGUAACAAGGCAAUGUUUCGACAGAAGAAGUGUCUUUGUCAAAUGUCGAAAUGCUGCCUUGUCAAGUUUAAGCGGACAAUAAAACCACCAUAAGACAGAAUUUCUGUGUGCCAAAGAUUAUCUUGUUGAUCAAAAGUGAAGGGGUUUAGUGGCCUACAGCAAA